CAACUCCCAACACUUAACAAGGCAAGGUUAUUUCAGUAAAAUGGAAGCACCCAAAUAGAAGGAACUGGGUUGAUGUAGCCUUGUCUGGAAAAUAACACAGAUACAGUCUCUAGAACAUCCUACUACUCUAGUACUCUGUAUCAUAAAAACUUUCGGAAUCAUCAUAAUUCAAUAAACCCUUCUUCUUCCUUCUCUAUCCUCUCACUCAAUUAAUCUAAAACCCUCAUUUCUCCUGAAAUCAGAAUUUCAACUUCAUACAAUCAAAGCGCAAAAAGUCGCUAAAAUGGCAGCUUCUGUGCUUCUACGAUCAGCUCUUCGCCGCCGUGAUUCUCUCUCCUCUAUUGCUGCUCAUCGUUCGGAAACCUGAUUUUUUCCGAACCUGUACGACAUGGAAAAAUGGAUGAUCAAUUGAUUAUAUUACUUUACUGGCCAGACAUAUAAGUUCACUAGCAAUCUGAGUCCAUCAUGGUUUUCCCCAUCUUUGAUCAGUAGAUGUACGAGUUUGACCAGGCCAUUCAGCUCAAAACCUGCUAGUGAUGAAAUUAUUGGCAUUGAUUUGGGUACUACUAAUUCUUGUGUGGCAGUCAUGGAGGGAAAGAAUGCUAAGGUGAUAGAGAAUUCUGAAGGGGGUCGAACAACACCAUCAGUCGUUGCCUUCAGUCCUAAGGGGGAUUUACUGGUGGGAACCCCUGCAAAAAGACAAGCUGUGACAAAUCCACAAAAUACCUUUUUUGGAAUUAAGCGUAUGAUUGGAAGGCGUUUUGAUGAUCCUCAAACACAGAAAGAGAGCAAGAUGGUUCCUUUUAAAAUAGUUAAAGCCCCAAAUGGAGAUGCAUGGGUUGAAACCACUACUGGGCAACAGUAUUCACCGAGCCAGAUUGGAGCAUUUAUCUUGACUAAGAUGAAGGAAACCGCAGAGUCUUAUCUGGGGAAGAACAUCUCUAAAGCUGUAAUAACAGUUCCUGCCUACUUUAAUGAUGCUCAGAGGCAAGCAACAAAAGAUGCUGGAAGGAUUGCAGGUCUUGAUGUCCAACGAAUUAUUAAUGAACCUACUGCUGCUGCACUUGCAUAUGGUUUGAAUAACAAGGAAGGCCUCAUAGCAGUUUUUGACCUUGGUGGUGGAACUUUUGAUAUAUCUAUUUUGGAGAUAUCGAAUGGUGUAUUUGAGGUAAAAGCAACCAAUGGCGAUACCUUCUUGGGAGGAGAAGAUUUUGACAAUGCCUUGGUGGAAUAUCUGGUGAGUGAGUUCAAAAAAUCUGAUGGCAUUGAUCUCUCACAAGACCGAUUAGCUUUACAAAGGCUUCGGGAAGCUGCUGAAAAGGCGAAGAUAGAAUUAUCAUCUACCACUCAAACAGACAUAAGCUUGCCCUUCAUUAGUGCUGAUGUAUCUGGUGCAAAACAUUUUAACAUGACAUUAACAAGGUCAAGGUUCGAAAGUCUAGUGGAAAAUUUGAUUGUUAGGACUAGAGACCCAUGCAAGAGUUGUUUAAAGGAUGCUGGAGUAUCAGCUAAAGAUCUGGAUGAAGUCCUUUUGGUGGGAGGAAUGACUCGUGUUCCGAAAGUACAAGGACUUGUUAGUGAAAUUUUUGGAAAGAGCCCUAGUAAGGGAGUCAAUCCCGAUGAAGCAGUUGCAGUUGGUGCAGCAAUUCAAGGCGGUAUUCUUCGAGGAGAUGUCAAAGAGUUACUUCUACUGGAUGUAACUCCACUUUCUCUUGGUAUUGAAACCCUGGGUGGUGUUUUUACAAGGCUCAUCAAUAGAAACACUACCGUUCCUACAAAGAAGUCUCAGGUAUUCUCAACAGCAGCAGAUAAUCAAACACAGGUAGGAGUCCAAGUCUAUCAGGGUGAGCGUGAAAUGGCGUCAGACAACAAACUUUUGGGCGAGUUUGAACUACAGGGAAUUCCACCAGCACCAAGGGGUGUUCCACAAAUCGAAGUGACAUUUGACAUUGAUGCUAAUGGCAUAGUCACAGUUUCUGCUAAAGACAAGACAACAGGGAAUGAACAGCAAAUCACCAUCAGGUCAUCUGGGGGAUUGUCAGAGGCUGAGAUUCAAAAAAUGGUUCAGGAAGCAAAGUUGCAUGCUCAGAAGGAUCAGCAAAGAAAGACUCUCAUUGAGGUCAGGAACAAUGCAGAUUCCACUGUUUAUAGUAUUGAGAAGAGUGUGUCAGAGUACAAGGAUAAGGUCCCUGCGGAUGUUGUUAAGGAGAUAGAAUCUGCUGUGGCGGAUCUUAGGGAAGCUGUGCAAAAAGAUGAUGCUGAUUUGAUCAAGUCCAAGAUUGAUGCAGCUAAUGCAGCAGUUUCUAAGAUCGGACAACAUAUGUCUGGUGGUGGUGCUGAUGGGGGUUCUUCUGGCGGGUCGCAAGGUGGUGGAGAUCAGACUCCUGAAGCAGAAUACGAGGAGGUAAAUAAGUGAGCCUUUUAAUGUGCCGGUGGUAGAAACCUUUUGUAGUUCAUCAUUCAGCGAUAUAUCUCUCUGUCAUUCUGUCCCUGCAGGCAGGUUUUUGUAAUUAUUUUACCGAGUGUUUAGUUAGAAACUCUUGAAUUGGGAUUGCGGAUGCAAUCUUUCACAGCUGUUAACCCAUCAAUGAUGAGCAAAAAAUAACAGUAAAGAUUUGAAAAAUGUAAUCUGUUUCUUUUGUUGCAAUUCUUUCAAGUUAGGUAUA